AUGUCUGACUGGGAAAAUUCAUCUGGUGACGAGGCUAAAGCCCCUGCUGCCGCUCCCGCACCCGCAGCACGCAGACCACCCGUGAAGAGCAAGUGGGAAAACGAAGACAAGGAGGACUCGGACCCCGUCUCCGACUGGGAAAAGUCCUCUGAAGAGGAAGAGGAGGAUGAGCAGCCCGUACGCGCCGUCACCGCCGCACCGCCAAAGAAGAAGGGCACUAUCAAGCAGAAGAUCGCCGAGAAGGAGGCCGCACGCGCAGCGCGCUCCGCCGAGGACGGCGACGACGACGACGACGUCUACGACGAGGAUCUGGUGCUCGAUCCCCGCGAAAAGGCGCGUCUCGACAAGGAGCGCGAGAUCAAGGCCGAUCUCGACAACGCCGCGUCCUUGUUUGGCAGCGUGGCUGUCACCAGCUCAUCCUCCAAAGAUCUUGACGCGCUUCUGACCGCCGACCCCCGGUCGAAGGAAGACUUCCAACUUUUCUCGUCCCGCAUCAUGGAGUUCAUCAUCAAGCGACAUCAGGACAAGCCCGCUUAUCCCAUGUUUGUCGAGCACCACGCCCGCGAGAUAGCCCAGUCACUUCGUGACGUCGAGAUUCGCAAGGCUGCAAGUGGCCUUACUACCCUCGCCAACGAGAAGCAGAAGGAGGCGCGCGACAAGGCGAGCGGUAAGAAGAAGCCCAAAGCGAAGCCCGCCCUCGGUGUCGCCAAAGCGACGAAAAAAAUCGACACGGCUACCUACGAUGAUCCAUUGGAUGACUUCGGGAACAACCCAGACGAUUUCAUGUAG